UUUAACAACUGGUGCAAAGAUUUAUAUGGACAAGUUUUAAAAUUAUUUAUAGGUUCCAUUUUAAAUUUCCCUCGUUUUGAAACGACAAAUGACGAGAAUGCCCGGAACGGAAACAUCGGGGGUUGGGGUAAAGAAAAUAUCGAUAACGUCUGUUGAAUGGUACUAAAUUGUUGUAAAUAACAAGGUUGUCAACAAAAUAAUGAAUGUGUUACUACAUAAAAACUAUGAGACAAUUUAGCAAAGGACAUGAGCAUCAUUACUCGUGGUGUUUUAAUUAAUAACUACUCAAAAAAAUUAAAAUUAUUAAGUCCAAGAAGGCUUAGCGCAUUUUUCAAUGGAGUCAGCAAUAGAUUUCGCCGUCUCGUUGGAAGUUGAAACAUGGGGGUUUAUGGAGGAAAUAUUCCUCCUCAACCAUUAAAAUGGUAACCAUGAACUCAGAUAAGGCUGCUGUUAAGCGCAAGCCGGAUUUGAACAGUUCGGCAUGUACUGUUAGCAAUUCUAAUCAAGAAAUUGCUCCCAUUCAGCAGCCUACUAGUACCUCUGAUGAAUCCCCCAAUCUACUUCUAUAUAAAAAAAUGGAGAAAAUCAUUGAAAAAAUGCAAGAUGAAACAACCGGAGUUGUGGUUAAAACAGUAAAAAGUUUUAUGACAAAAAUACCUUCAGUAUUUACAGGGUCUGAUCUUAUAAUGUGGAUGAUGAAAAAUUUAGAUGUAGAUGAUCAACAGGAGGCAUUGCAUUUAGCCCACUUAAUAGCAAGCCAUGGUUAUUUUUUCCCUAUCGAUGACCAUAUGUUGACGGUUAAAAAUGACGGGACCUUUUAUAGAUUUCAAACACCUUAUUUUUGGCCGUCCAAUUGCUGGGAGCCAGAAAACACAGAUUAUGCCGUUUAUUUAUGUAAAAGAACAAUGCAAAAUAAAACCAGACUCGAGCUAGCUGAUUACGAAGCUGAAAAUUUGGCAAGGCUACAAAAAAUGUUUUCUAGAAAAUGGGAAUUCAUUUUUAUGCAAGCAGAAGCCCAAAGUAAAGUUGAUAAGAAGAGGGAUAAACUUGAAAGAAAAGUUUUAGAUAGCCAAGAGAGGGCUUUUUGGGACGUUCAUAGACCAAUGCCUGGUUGUGUAAAUACAACUGAAAUUGACAUAAAAAAAGCAUGUCAAAUUAAUAAACCUAUGAAAAAUUUGAAAAAUGUGCAAAUCGGUCCACCCAAAUUGUCCCCGUCCACAUCCGGUUUGCAGCCGAAAGUCACCGUAGCGUCACUUCAGAAGCAAGUUAAUUUGUUAAAGAUUCAGCUAGAGAGACGUAAUAUCAAAGUUUCAAAAGCAGCGGAAUCUUUUGUUGCAUAUUAUGAGCAGUAUUUGGAAUAUGAUUCGUUUUUCGUUCCACCUGAAUAUCCUAAUCCCUGGAUAUCUGAUAACCCAGAAUUUUGGGACCAGGAGAGGUUAGCUAGAGACAUAUCAGCUCGCAGAGUGAGGAGAUGGGCGUUUAGUUUGCAAGAACUCUUAGCAGACCCCAUUGGCAGAGAACAUUUUGAAAGAUUUCUUGACAAAGAGUUUAGCGGAGAAAAUUUAAAAUUCUGGGAAGCGGUACAGGAAUUGAAAGCAUUGCCUCAGAGUCAAGUGCAGAAAAAGGUACUAGAAAUCUGGGACUAUUUUCUUGCUUCUGAUGCGAAAUGUCCGUUGAAUGUAGAUUCGCAAUCUUACGAAUAUACCAAAAAAAAUAUGGAGAUACCUGAUCGAUGGGCAUUUGAUAAUGCAGCAGCUCACGUUUACCACUUGAUGAAAAGCGAUAGUUAUUCCAGAUAUCUCCGUUCAGAGAUGUACAAAGAAUUUUUAAAUGGAUCAAAGAAAAAGACAUCUGUCAAAGGAAUUCGCUCAAUAGUAUCAUUUUCGGCGAGAAAAGAAAAUGUAACUUAGCUAUCAAAUUACAAUGUGUGACCAAAUAGUUGGUACCCUUGCUAAAUUAAAAAUUCGACAAUACACAUUUUUGCCUGGGGCAGCUGUUAUCAGUUCUUUUUUUGUGGUUAAUAUUCGAUAUUAUGUGACCAAAAUCAAAGCUGACGGUUUGAUAAAUUGAACUAAGCUGAGUUUUCAUAAUAAAUUCACUCCCAAUAUGUUUAUUGCUAAUUUAUUGAUAUUAUAUAAUAAUACCGGAUAUCCAUCUAUUGAUAAUAAAAAUCAACCAAUCCUUGGUUGUCCUUUACAGCACUCGGUUUAUCCCUUUGACACAUCUAUCAUUCCUCAAUCGGUUUUAUCUGUUGUUUUUUUUUUGAUAAAGAGCAACUAAGGAUUACGGUACGUAGGUGCACCUAGAAAUUUAUUCCUGUUAAAAUCCAAGCUUUACUUCAACAUAUAUUUUUAUUGGAUACUUCAUCAUAGUACCGCUUAACGACACAUAAAUGUUCCGUAAGCAGUGUGAAUUCAGUAGUAGAGGAAAACACUGCCAUUAUGCGAAAGUAUAUGCGAAAUAAUUGCGUGUAACUGACUCUAAAAAUUAGAAAAUCAAUGUUCAAUAGCGUAUUACAGAUAAUACUCAAUGCCAUUCUCAUUUGGUUCUGAAAAACCCUUAAAAUUUUUGUUUUGGUUAUUAGAAAGCUACCUAUGUUUCCUAUAGAAAAUAUUUAACAGUGUUUUGAGAGAGGGUCGUUUUUUGAAUGCUGUUACACAUCGUCUCCUUUUCGCAAAACAAUAUUUUGUUAAUACUUGCCGAUUUGUUAACCCAACUUUCGUAUAUCGUAUUUUGUUGCUCCAAAAUUUUGAGAAAGUUUACCCAUCUCUUUUGGUGGGAUAUGGGAAAGUUUGGUUAGGAAGGCGGUAACCCGAUAAUCAAUAGGUAGCUAACACAAGAUCUUGUAGUUUGCCUCAAUACACAAUAUUCAAAAUUAUGCAAAAUUUAUUUUUAUUUAUUUUUCAAAAGAAUAUAUUAUUUUGAAUAACGAUUUGCAUAAUUUUGGACAAACUGUAUAAGAAAAGGACAAUGAAUUUUACAUUGUAGCACAUCAUUUGCUAUAAAUUUGAGCAAUGAAUGUAUUUGUGCAAAUGAUUAUAUUUUGGUAAUAUCACUAUUGCGUUGCGAAACACACAAAGAAUAUUGAGUACUUACAUCGAUCAAUCUGUCCAUAUGAAAAUUAGCAGUACCGUCUCUCUUAGAAGUUUACUGACCAAAUUAGAAGAUCUUGUAUGACAAUUCCAAAUAAGCCAUUGGAAUGAAAGUUUUGGAUUUAUUUCUGUUAUAUACUGUACAGAGAGUUUUAGACGAUACUGUUAUUUAUGGUUAAAGGAAUUGCCGUUAUAUGUAUGAAUGUACGUGUAUAUACAUAUGUUCAACUAGAACAGCCCAUUCUAGAAUCAAAUUAUGAAAUACAUAAAGUUGUGUAAAAAAAAAAUGAAGUUUAUAUAUAUAUGUGCCCUUUUAAAAAAAAUCCUCCCUCUUAGAGGGUCUGUCAAUUAAAAACCAGCUUUUCAGAUAAAUAUAAUUUUAU